AUGGGCAUUACAGGGGAAGGGGAGGGGGGAAUCUACAGGGUUCCUUCCACCGAAGCAGAAGCUCUGGCAUCUAGCUUAAUGGGACUGUUUGAAAAACGCCGCUUCAGGAAGUUCCUCGUUUAUGUUGCCAACUUUGAUGAAAAAGAUCCUAGAACUUUUGAGGGCAUUGGCCCUAAGAAGACCUCAGUGAGAGAUGUGUAUAAGAAGUUUGACUUGGGCCAAGAUGUUAUAGACUUCACUGGCCAUUCUCUUGCACUGUACAGAGCAGAUGACUACUUGGAUCAGCCGGGUUAUGAUACCGUUAACAGAACUAAACUUUACAGCGAGUCUUUGGCAAGAUAGGGUAAAAGCCCGGACCUUUAUCUGCUCUAUGGCCUUGGAGAAUUGCCACAAGGAUUUGCCAGGUUAAGUGCUAUAUAUGGAGGUACCUACAUGUUGAAUAAAUCAAUUGAAGAAAUCAUUGUGCAAAAUGGGAAAGUGGUUGGUGUGAAAUCUGAAGGAGAGAUUGCUCACCGUAAGCAGCUCAUCUGUGACCCCAGCUAUGUCAAAGAUCGGGUUGGAAAAGUGGGCCGGGUAAUCAGAGUGAUCUGUGUCCUUAGCCACCCUAUCAAGAAUACCAGUGAUGCCAAUUCCUGCCUGAUCAUCAUUCCACAGAAUCAAGUCAACCACAAGUCAGAUGUCUGUGUUUGCAUGACCUCCUUGGCACACCACGCGGCAGCACAGGGCAAAUACACUGCCAUUGUAAGUACAACUGUGGAGACCAAGGGACCGGAGAAAGCAAUCAGACCAGCUUUGGAACUCUUGGAACCAACUGAACAGAAGUUCGUCAGCAUCAGUGACCUCUUUGUACCGAAAGGUUUGGGAACAGAGAGCCAGCUCUUUAUUUCCCGUGCCUAUGACGCUACCACUCUCUUUGAGACAACCUGUGAUGACAUUAGAAGUAUCUAUAAGAGAAUGACAGGAUCUGAGCUUGACUGUGAAGAAAUGAAGUGCAAGAAGAAUGACAUUUAUGGAGGAGACUAA